CUAUCGCUCACAUCUUUAGCGGCGACAAGCAAUCUGUCCUUCCCUGCCUCGUACCGCUCGCAGAUGCGUCCAACGUACACUGGAAGCUGCUUUCACGUACCAACGAGACGAGACAUCGAGGAGCGGAAAUAACAAGGCCGAGCUUAUCCCCAGACGGAGUAGACAAGCAGCAGCAGCUACCCUACUUGUCCAGCAGGAGCCGUGACAGACCUGACCACAUGUCUGUUGGGCCAUGAGCUCGCGCACUAGCUCGACGACAGCACAGUCGUCGACCCUACGCCCAAGAGCUCCCAGACUCAUCUCUGGUCUUGACGAUGAAGCUCCAGCUACCCUGACCCCCAUGGCACGCCAUGCCUCGCCGCUACCUUCUCCUUUCGAGUCCCGCGAGCCAUCGCCUAUGCCGAGUACACGAUUACCGCGAACUGCAUCUUCUCAGACCGUCCGACCUGCGAAAAGCAUGAGUCGGCUCGCUCCCGAUCGCGCUCAGUCGCCCGCGACUCUGUCGGCCUUCUUCGGAGACUCAUGGUCCGCUAUACAGGGUAUGGCCUCGGAUCUACUGACUCCUGCUACUGGGAACUCAAAAGCAGGCGCUUCGCCUCGACGUCGUAAGCCUUCGAUCAACUCGACUUCUACGCGGAACACCAGUGCCCCUCCGAAGCAAUGGGGUGUUCCGACCACGACAUCCUCCCCUGCCAUCGGUGUGGGGUCGCACGAAGAGAGGGAGUCUUUGGUAAGAGCUGAAAAGAGGAGACAACUCAUGAACGCAACCCCUGAACACAACACUAUCGGCCACUACAAGCGUCGCUCUUCUGAAGAUGGUCCCUCAGCUUCCGCUCCUCCCGAAAAUGGUCAUGACAGAGAUGCCUUGGUCUAUGUUCAUCAUGUCAAGCCUGACGAUACGCUAGCCGGCAUCACUAUCAAAUACAACAUUCAUCCGUCCGCUUUACGGCGAGCGAACCGUAUGUGGCCUAAUGAUCGGAUACAGGCUCGCAAGACCAUCCUGCUUCCUGUUGAUCAGUGUGCUGUGAAAGGUACUCGACUUAAUGGGAGUGAGGACCUGUACCAGCUCACUCAGGAGAAUAACCCGUUUCCGACCUCUAUAGAGGAGGUCAAGACGCCCGUCCCGACGGGCAGGAAAAGGAAUGAAUCUGUAUCCACAAAUGGCGAUCGCCCGUCAUCUUCAUCAUGUCGUUCUUCCUACGAUCCGGAAGCAACAUGGGAGCACGAUGCCUGGGUGUUACUGCCCAACAGCAAACAACCUACCGAGAUCGCUCGCUCGUCCCGCCGUAACCUUGCGUUCUUCCCUCCCGCUCGACGAAAAUCUCAGUCGUAUUCGGAUAUCGACACACCCUCCGCCUCGCUCGAUUUGAACCGUUCGGUGAUACACGAGAACCCUCUGGAUUCUCCCAAGCAAGAGGUUCCUCAACGACCGCGUGGGACCAGAAGGUUAUCCAACGCCGGCAACGCUUAUUUCCCAAGUUAUCUGGCUGGUCCAGGAGGUGUUGGAACUAUGGGCAAGAACGUCAAGUCACCGGGACCUGCUCAAGACGGCUUGAAUAAGAUGUUCGCUAGCCACCUUCCCAACGUUGCACCUCCGCCGAACCAAUCAAACCUAUAUCUUCCAGACAUUCCGACUUACUCCGAUGAUCCGAGUCCCUUUACGCCUGGGCUAACACAUGCGCAAUCGCCAUCAAUCAAUAUCGAGAACGUGGGCGCAGCGGUCGAAGGCUGGAUGCGCAAGAUGGCAGCAAAAGCCAGUACAUCACGUGAACCGCAGUCAGGUCGAGGAGUAGCGAGUAGAGGGGGACCUAGCGGCAUUGAUGAUUUGAUCGAGAUGGCCGAAGGCUUUGAAAUUGGAGAGGAUGAAGAGGACGAAGAACAGCAUAGAGGGCGUCAAGGUUCUGAGAACAAUGGUCGACCUGGCAUGAGCAGUAGUGCUUCAUUUGCGCAUGCUGCGGCGCUCAAAGACAGAGCGAGGAGCGGCACCAGUGCGGGCGCUGGCAAGAGGGGCAAGGACGAUUAAUUGGGAGGUCUGAACUUGCUUGGUUUUUACAUGGCAUGGGUCUUGUUUUGUCAUAGAAGUGUUCGAUAGGCAACUUCAUCGUCAUGAACUUUAUUUUUCCCUGAACACCAUCAAGAUUCGUGUAUUCUAGCGCUUACUUCCAACAUCUGCAAGCAUUCGGCAUGCAUCAAUACGAGAUGGAGGGGACGAUCAAAGGUAGUAUGCAAGAAGACUUCAUUCAUAAUAACCAGCGGAAUCCCCCCAAUCUUCGACAUUCUUCUCAAACGCCUUUCACAAUGACACUGGAUCAGAAGAGCGGCCUCAGGCUCGAGUAUGCGACUUCAGAUGACGCAGAAGCAAUCGCACCAUUGUUCGCUCAAUCCUUUCACGACCAC